UGACAAAUACAGUUCAAGCACCGAAUAACCGUUUCAACGUCUUAAACCACCAUCAUAUUGCGGAAAGCACGGAUCGCAAUGGAAGGAGAUCACCCGCAAGCUGUCGACGAUGUGUCUAUGGAAGAGCCAUCGAACACCGAGGGCGCAGAAAGUUCACAGGCUCCGGACGACAGCUUCUCAUCCAAUAUCUCAGUGGACGCGCUUGAGGCUCCCACGAAUGCGUGCGCCUUCUUUGCUGGCGACACGCUUCAACGUAUGGUUGCGUUGCACGGACGAAUGUCAACGGUGGGUGAGCCGGGUGCAGAAUCUGUCAGAGUGCGCGUUCCUCAUGAUCUCGAAGCCCGGUAUCGACAUCGCUGCAGCGUUGAGCUGGAGGUCACAGAAACUGAAGGUGCCACGGCUGCUCCCGCUGAACCUGAAGACACACAUCAUCUGACCGAAUGGGAGACUCUCACGAGGUCACUGUUGACCAUGCACCACUGCAUCGUGCGUUUGACGCUGCGCAUAUCGGCUGUCACACAGGUACCCCGGCGUUUCUACCAGGGCUUCAGUUUGCGAAAUGGAAACGCGCAUGUCGCUCUCGAAUUACCAGCAUUUGCCAACCCCAUCAGAGAUUUCCUGCUACCAUGCAUGAGUCACCUGUGUAGAUUGGAGAUGAACCGGCUCAUUGGGAUACGCGUUCACGACAUCUCUUCGCAAGUUUGUGACAAUCUACCACAGGAUGUCCCCUUGGAAGAGGUUCUGACGCAUGGACUUCUGCAAUUGAACAAUGACAGGCUUGAACGAAUACUGGAGGCAACCACGGACAUGCCAUCUCUAAGCGAGCUAGAAAUUCACCUCCGCAACACUGGGGCUGGACCACGUGAAUCGCAAGCUUUCGGGCUAGGCCUGAAUCGAAUCAGUUCUGACGAAGAUCGGAGACUCCAGUGUGGGGUCGGUGUGCACUACACAGGUUUGCUGGACUGUGCGAGUGCGAACCCACUGAACCCGGGCGAGCUCCUCAGGCUGCUCUUUUGCCGCGAGCUGAGAGGUUUCGAGAGUAGCACGGCGGCGUACGUACUUACAGUCGCACGUGUAGUACGUCAGGUAAAUGAUUUUUUAAACAUAAUCAUUACUGUACGCGGGCGCGAUGAAGAUGGCAGCCACUGACGUUUCUGCUCACAAGUGAGUUUAGAAAGCAAUUUUCGGUAAAGAAUCAUUUUUGGACAAUUUUCUAAGAAAAGACUAGAAUAAACUAGCUGCAAAGAAGGCAGGUCAGAAACUUUACUCUAUUUGGACGAUCUUAAGGCAGUAAGCAUCUCCUGCUUGACUACGCUUUAGCAAAUUUAUUAGUAUGCACGCGACGUGGCUCCUCGCAUCAGAAAUUGCUGGUAUUUGUUUCCCAAACAUUUUGCAUAUCACCGUUAUUUUUUACAUCUAUCAAGUGAGAUAUUUAUUUGAAAACGUAGCUUACUAGCGUCUUUUAUUUUGUAUAGGCAAUAUUAUCUCACACACACUCUGACAGAUGCCUCUUAUUGAUUGUUUUUUAAUACUGAUGCUUGUUCAAAUAGUUAUUGUCACACAAUAUUCUUCUUUGCGCUUCCUUCUGAAUAGACAUACGCCUUCAAUAAAUGAUGAUCAACCCUCA